AUGGAAUGGAAUGAAGCCACUGGUGAAAAUCUAUCGUGCAUACCUGCUGCUACCUCAAGACGACAACAAUUGUGGAUCCCACCACCACUUGGUUGGGCUAAAUGUAACUAUGAUGCUUUUAACCACCUUGAUAAUCGGGAUUCUGGACUCGGCUGGAUAAUACGCAACUCGUCCGGAAGAUAUUUAGAUGGAGGAAUGGGGAAAUAUCAAGGCAGAUUCAUAUAUGCCGAGGCAGAAUGUUCGGCACUGAUCUGGGCUCUACAAUCUACGUGGUCAAUGGGAUAUACGAAAGUCAUAUUCGAGGGGGAUAAUAUCAAUAUUGUCCGACUGAUCAAUGGAGAUGGAUUGAAUCUCAAGCUUCAACACUACAUCAAUACUAUUAUACGUUGGACGUCUAUGUUUUCUGAAAUACAAUUCACCUAUAAGCACCGAUCUUCCAAUUCUUGUGCGGAUAUCCCUGCGAAGAGAGGAGCUGUUUCAGAUAGGCAAUGGGGCUUAUUCCAUACUUGUCCUUCUUUUUUAGACUAUACUGUAAACAAUGAUCGUACAAAUGCUUCAUAA